CCCAAUAAAAGCCCAAUGGGCCAGAAAUUUAACUCAGCCAGAAUCAGAAAACUACACAUUAGGUUUCCGAUGAACCAACGGCAACGCCUCUCCCUCUACCACACCCAUAUCAAGCUUCUUGGUUUCGACAUUAAUUCCCUCAACCAAAAAUCCUCUUCUUCCUCUUCUUCUGAUGCAGUUUCUUUCUCUCGCAAUGGCUAUGCUGUUUCCUGUUCAGAGAUCGUCGGCGUUGUGGUCUCUCAUGACCUGAAACCUAACAGGUUUCUUAAAUUUUCCGUCGACGAUGGUACCGCCUGUGUCGGUUGCAUCCUGUGGCUAAAUCAUCUCACAUCGCCUUAUUUUGCUUCCCGCCAUCAGCCAGAUGUUCGAAUAAUGGGAAACGUGGCGACCCAUUUCGCAGCCCAAAUUAGGGUUGGGAUUGUUGCUAGGGUUCGGGGGAAAUUGAGCAGCUAUAGAGGAGUGGUGCAGAUUACAGUGUCAGAUGUUGUGGUUGAGGAAGACCCAAAUGCUGAAAUUCUGCAUUGGUUGGAUUCUAUGAGUUGCAAUACUUUUGCUUUGAAUUUAAAUGGCCUUCAGGUUCAGGCUAGCUCAGGUGGGCUAUAAAACACAGAGGUCGAGCUGGAUCGAUCUAACCUUCUUGGUGGCCACGAUGAAAAACAAAGAAGCCGGUGGACAAAAUUCCUUAUGAUUUGAUGGGCUACAAUGGAGGAAAACAAGGGCUAUCAAUUUAUCUUCUUUCUCAUUUAGGCCUUCUCUUAUUAGAAAAUUAAAUAAAUAAAAUAAAGGCCUACUCUCAGUAUUUUCUCCCCUAAUUUGAAUUAAAUAACACUUGAUUUCAUGUGUAACACCAUGAUCCUUGAAGUGGAAUUUGUAUUGUCAUUUCGAGAAUAUUUUGGUGGACAAGACAUUAACUAACAUUUGAAAAUUUAGUUAUAAGUGAUAUAAAUAAGGUAUAUCGAGUUCAAUAUAUA